AGAAACUGCACAGGGUACUUCUAAGUGACUUCCUCUUGUCAGGGCAUUUCAAGUGAAGCGCAUCCAAGUUCAUGUGAGCGCGCGCACCUACCUGCCUUCUGCGCGCGUCUUCGCCGUCGCAAACCGAGCCAGGCAUUUCCGUGGAGUGCCAACCCCGACCUACCUGAGCCGGCCAAGCCACUUUACCACUACGGCCGUCGCUUCCAUUCACGCAUCCGAACCAAAGACAAUCGAGGUCGCAACGCCACACUCGGACCCAGUCGACUUCCCAGCAGGAGCUGCCCCGGGUCGGCCGCCUCACCUUCAAGAUGUCGAUGGUACACCCAUCCCGGCAGGCCUAUGUUGAGGAGGCCGAGUCGGAGAAACGUGGCAUAGAUCUCAGCAACAUCCCUGUCGAUUACGACUAUGACGUGCCAACGAGUGGGGCCGGCAUCGCGUCCGAGAAGGCCUCAGUGCUCAUGUCGCAGUUCGAGAGGAAACGGCUUGCCGCGAAUAUCGCGGUCCCCACGGACGAUGGACGGGUUAGAUCGAGGCUCCGGGAAAUGGGCGAGCCCAUAACGCUCUUCGGCGAGGGCCCCGCGGACCGUCGAGACCGGCUACGGGAGCUCCUGAUGAGAGAAAAGGAGCGGGAGAGGGGGGGCGAAGCGCCGGGCCAAGAUGUUGACAUGGAGGAUGCUGAUGAUGCAGCAUCGGAUGACGCCGAGGAGCGCGAGGAGGAGUUCUACACCAGAGGCGAGCCCGAGCUACUCGAAGCAAGGAGAGAUAUCGCGAGGUACUCACUCCCCCGAGCAAAGCAGCGCCUUGCAUUCCAGAAACAAGAAUCCGGCAUCGUCCAGAGGACGCACGUCAGGUUCCGAAAACAAAUCAAGGAAAAGCUGCAGGGAUUCGAGUUGCAGGGCUCGCAGACCGCGGGCCAGCGUCACCUAAGCAUCACGAGGAUAUCGCCAAACGGAGAAUUUGUCGCUGCGGGCAACUGGGGCGGAUCGGUGAAGCUUUUUACAAUCCCCGACCUGCAGGAAACGAGGACGUUUAGGGGCCACACCAACAAGGUCAGCGGCCUCUCAUGGUUCCCCGGUGCGACCUUGCCCGAGAGUGGUGUUUCUCCCGACACCGUGAACAUGGCCAGCGGAGGAGCAGAAGGCCAGAUACACAUGUGGUCUCUCAAUCAUGACACGCCGCUUGCCACGCUGUCAGGUCAUACACAAAGGGUCUGUCGAGUCGAAUUCCACCCCUCUGGCCGAUAUCUAGCCUCGGCCUCGGAGGAUACAUCUUGGAGGCUAUGGGACGUGGAGAAGAAGACUGAGCUAUUGCUACAGGAGGGCCACUCUCGCGGAGUUUUUGCAGUCAGCUUCAACGAGGAUGGGUCGCUCCUAGCCAGCGCAGGCCAAGACAGUAUCGGCAGAGUGUGGGACCUGAGGACAGGCAGGACCAUCUUCAUACUCGAUGGGCACCAGGACGGACACAUCAAGCCAAUAUAUGCGCUUGACUGGUCCUCGGACGGCUACCGCGUCAUGUCGGCCUCAGCCGAUGGCUGGAUCAAGUGCUGGGACGUCCGCAAGGCGCAGCGCACUGGAGGCAUCGGGGCGCAUACGAGCGCCGUGUCGGACAUGCGCUGGUUCAAGGGACUGGACGGCCCGCUGAGUGGAAACCCGCUGGGGCUGGACGACAAAGGACAGCCUCUGCCGAAGAAGUCGGGCACCUUUGUCGUUUCUAGCGGCUUCGACAACAAGGUCAACAUAUUCUCCGCGGACGACUGGGCUCUGGUUCAGUCCCUCAGCGGGCACACUGGCCCUGUUGCCAGCGUUGACGUGAGCAGGGACGGAAAAUGGAUUGUCAGCGGCGGCCACGAUCGCACGGUCAAGCUUUGGGGACGCAAUGACGGCGAGGGGGUUUAAGGGGCUGGCACGGCUGGGGCAGCCGCAUUUGACUCCCGUUCCAUGAUACCGAGACAGACAUUAGUCCGUCCAGACAAAGGACCCAGAUAGUAUCUAGGCAUACAGCUCGGAAUGCCUGCAAUGAGAAGAAAAAGAAAAUUUUCAAAAAACCUAGCCAACCCUCCCGCCUCAUACAGCGGACCAAGCCCGCACGGCGGCACCUUCGAGGUCACUCAGCUCCCCGGGGACGCUAUGUCCACCGCGGCUACGAGAUCAGCACAAUCCUCCGGUGGAGAGGCCAGUCGCCUCGUCCCAAGGUCGUUGCCAUGCCACAAGCUACCCUCGCCGCCACCGGCCGGCCUGCCGGAUGUGCUCUCCUACCAGCCUCGCGCCGCUACCCUGGUGUCCGCCCAACGUGCCGGCGCCGGCUCAGCUGCCGCUUUCCGCCCAGACGCGCCAAGCGGCGAGGGCUCCACCGCGUGCUUGCAUCUUUGCUGGUGGACACUGCCGUCACCCAGCCGUGAUUUGCCAACGGCCCUCUGAGCAUUUGCCAACGCAUCACUGCAACCUGCCUCGACCGGGCGCUACCAACCCGCACCGACCCUUGCUGCUCUCGCUUAGCCCCGUCUCGCCCCGCCCCACCCGCGGAAGAAGACCCGCCCAAUCCAUACCCCACUUCCCCAGGAGAGAGCAGACGAGGUUCUGGGCCGGGUGCCUAACCUAGCCGCUUGCGCUUCGCCCACGGGCUGAGCCGCUCCUCCAUCAGACUACCCCCUUGGUAGAGUGAGAGGUGGUGGCAGCA